GACUUUCUGAAGUCACGUACAAUAAUUGAGAAGUCACCCUAGUAAUAGCGAAACCGAAAGUAGCCAAACAGCCUGUUGCCGGUCGAUUUUGCGAUCGUUAUAAGAUCUUUCGACAACUUCUAAACGUCAACAGCCUGUACUGUUUGCGAGGAAUCCAAAGAUGACUUCAGCUACCUCCUUGCUGUUUUUUGCGAUCCAUUUAGCCUAUAUCAGCACUGGAAAUUCCUCUGAGUCAUUUGUCAAACUGGAGUGUAAAACAGAAUACCAUGGGGUUUAUGGUCAGCAGUUAAUUCUAGGGUGCAUUGUCAAAACUGUGGUGGAUGUGGUGGAUGUGACCAUCAUAACGGUGACCUGGAAGAGAAUGGGAGCUGCUGCUAAAGCUGAUGCUAAUUUGUUGGAAUACCAUAAAGAGAAAAGGGAGCUAACCCCUGGGUUUAAAUUUGCUGAGCCAUCCUGGAACAAGACGAAUAUGAAUGUGUCCUUGUUGUUGACAAAUACCAAGAUGGCCGACAAGGGGGAGUAUGAAUGCAUGGUGACCACAGAUGUUGGGAUUGCCACAGCUACAAUCAGCCUCAGUGUCACAGCUAAGUACAAGACUCCAACCAUGAGCUCCCUCCCUGAGACCAACAUCAAAGAGAACACAGAUGUGACCAUUUUCUGCAACUCUACAGGCGGGCACCAGACAGGGUUGAUCUGGUGGUUUGACGAGUUCGGCAGCAAUUGGACGCGCAGUGCUGAACUGGUGGCCAAAGAGAUGGACAAUGGACUGUUCAGCCUCUCCAGUAAAUUCACAGUGCUGAAGGCCACAUCCAGUUACACAAACUACACGUGCAAAGUGCUUAAUGUCAAUGGUGCCGAGGAGGGAAUGGCAUCAUUUGUGAUCCAGUUUGCGUCGCGAGACUUAGGUAUUAAAAGUGACCACUUGGAUACUGUCUCCACCACCAAAUGGCUAGCCCCGGUUGCAGUCAUAGGCUCUCUGAUCAUUGGACUCCUUGCUGCACUGCUGUUCUUUAAGAGGCGCUCUGCCCAACGAGCUCGAAGGCAGUCCACCUUCCCAUUAAUGAGUGGCCACCAACAGAUACCAGGCAUGAUCAAUAUGUUGAGGCAGGAGGUCUAAACAGCGACAGGAGCUGAUUAGUUAACUGGCAGUCUCUGGAAGGGGCUGUUUCCUUGACGAUCAAUAAGGAGCUUGUCACCUUCACUGUCCUUUGAUGGACUGUUUCCUGUUAAGUGUUCGGUGACAGUCACUUUGGCACUCAGGUCAUUCUGAUUUGAGGCAUUUGUUUCUUCAUAAUCUACUGAGGAUGCCAGCCUUUAAGCACUGUGGUUGAUUACAAAUGAUAUAACUCUUUAACAGCCUAUGUUUAAAAGCCUAACAUAAAUGGUUAUAUCCAGAGUUGCCAUGGUGUAGGUAAACUGUAGAUUCUACCAGCAUGAUUGUUAAAACUCAGGUCUGCUAAGAGCAAAUUUGAAUACUGUGAAAAUUCUUUGCAACUUCCGGUGCAGGUUUACAGGCUGUUCCUGCUUUAAGUUAGUUUUAACAGUGGUCAAGUAGGGUACUGUGGCUAUUUGAUCAUAAUGUAGGCCUACCAGAGUGGCCUACCAUAAUAAACGAUGGAGAAAAUGCAUCCCAUAACAUUAUAACAUGGAAAUAGCUGUUCUGUCAUUCAGCCAACAGUAGCAGCCAAUGUGCGGUGUUCAAUGUAAGUCUACAUUCCAUGAGACUUUUGAAAAAAAAGUGUAGGACUUGACAUGAACCUGUUUAUCCACUUGUCCUUCAAACGAGGAGGUGAUUGAAAAUGUUGUUGUGUUGUUUGAUGCAAGAAACCACUUGCAUCAUUAUUCCGAUACCAUUAUUACAAAGAAUGACACAAAUUAUGCUACCCUCUGCCUAUUGGCUACUUAGCGUAUUCAAGGCUGAAAUGCACACGUUUUGUGUUCUUGUAGGAAGCAAUCACCCCCCCCCCCCCAUUUCUGACUACAAAUUAUCAAUAACUGGGCUAAUAACUCACUAACUAGUGAACAAAUGUACAAAUGUGCACAAGUCGCUACAUAUAGUUCUUGCUUUGAUCUACUCACAACCGCUCAUGCUGUAAAAGCAGUCCAGUUCAAAGUGAAUGGCACAGAUCUAUAUAUGACAAUGGUCUAUUUGUAUAUAGGCCUACUGCAGCUCUGAUUGGUUAUGGCACACUGGUCUGUGUAGAGUACAAGUCUGCCUGUCAAUGCAAUAGAAUCCUACUCUGAUGCGUUCUGUCUACAACAAAAUCUUUUAUAUAUUUCGUUUUGCAUAGUAAGUAUUGCACUGUUUGUUUUGUUUUGGUAUGUUGUAUUGAAAGUGGCUGAUAUUGCAUUCAUUCGAUCACAAUUCCCACAGUAAAGGGAAACACUGAUAGUGUUAACUAACUGGGAAAACUCUAGAAAGUUGAGUAAAGUUCAGACUCGCACAGGGCUGAUAUUUCUUCUGCGUAUCAGACCCGGGGAGCUGCACAUGCGCAGUUUAGAGGGAACAUUGUUCACGAGUGUACACAGCACUUUUUCAAAAAGAUGAAUUGAAACUAAUUUUGCCUCUGAGGUUUCGCAAGACUGUACAGUGCAAUACAACAUGUUUCAUUUGACCAAAGAUUUGUUGAUCAUCAGGUUUCAAUGGAUACUGCUGUGCCUGCCACUGUCCUCCCCGGGCUUUCAUUCUGCUACAAUGUGUAUGAGAAGAAAUGUUAUGCUAAAUAGUAUAUUACUUUUGACUAGAAGGAAUAGGGUGCCAUUUUGAAGUCAUCCUUUGACUUGACUUUGUGUAAUAUCUGGAACUUAUUGUAACAUUAAACCAACCUUGUUACCAACAGCCAGCCUGUUGCUUCAACAGUG